AUGAUGGCCUUAACAGUGCCAAAUCCGCCGACGACGCCGCGACGAGUAAAGGUAUAUGAGUUGAGGAACAAUGACUGGUUCGAUAGGGGAACUGGAUACUGCACAGGACAGCUGGUUAAUGACGAACCUCAUAUACAGGUGAAAUCGGAGGAGGAGCAGGACCGGAUGCUGCUAGAGACUAAGAUAAUAAAAGAUGAUGGCUAUCAGAAACAACAGGAAACCCUUAUCGUGUGGACUGAGCCGCAUGGUACAGACAUGGCAUUGAGUUUCCAAGAACCCGAAGGGUGUGCAGCGAUCUGGGAGUUCGUUAGUCAUGUCCAAACUCAUUUACUGUCCAUGUCCGGAACAGAUGAGAUGUUAUCAGACGAUCCAAACGAAGCCAUGAUAGCUUCCGUAAUGUUGCCUCCCCCGGAACUUGGUAACCUCAUGGAUAUCGAAAAUCAGAUUCGAAUUGCGAGCUCAACAGUGCCGGGAAGAGAUUCAUUGGGCAAAUUCAUCCUUAGUGAAGACUACAUUGGAAAGCUUAUUCCAUUAUUGGAGGUUGCGGAGGAUUUAGAGAGCUUGGAUAACCUUCACAGAUUAUGCAAUAUUAUGAAGAUGAUGAUUUUAUUGAACGAUACGUUGAUCAUCGAGCACAUUGUCAUGGAUGAGGUUGUACUGGGGGUUGUAGGGAUCCUAGAGUACGACCCUGACUUCCCAAGCCACAAGGCCAAUCACCGCCAAUUCCUUUCGGACAAAUCAAAAUUCAAGGAGGUAGUGCCGAUAAAAGAUCCGGAGAUCAAGAAAAAGAUCCACUGGACAUACCGGCUGCAGUAUCUGAAAGACGUUGUGCUGGCCAGAAUUCUCGACGAUCCGACUUUCUCCGUACUUAAUUCUCUUAUCUUCUUCAAUCAGGUUGACAUCCUGCAACAUUUGCAAAGCAACCAAGCUUUCCUAAAGGAUCUUUUCGCGAUUUUUCACACAGAGGGAUCGGAACCGUCGAAAAAGAAGAAUGGUGUUCUGUUCAUUCAGCAAUGCUGUUCCAUCGCAAAGAACCUCCAGGGUCCUGCUAGAACCCAGCUCUACACAUACUUUAUUCAGAAUGGCCUAUUUGCCGUUAUAGAUUUUGCGCUGCUCCACGAAGACGCUGCCGUCAGGAUCGCCGGCACUGAGGUCCUUGUGGCCAUGAUAGACCACGAUCCAGUGAUGAUGCGCAACGUUAUAUUCCGACAGAUCAGCGACAAGCAGAAGCCAUUGACCGACACAUUAAUUGAGCUAUUGCUAGGAGAGCAAGAUUUGGGAGUAAAGGGACAGAUCGCGGAUGCUAUCAGGGUGUUGCUGGAUCCCGCGACAGGACCGCAACUUGAAGGACUUGGAAAGUCUAGUGAUAUCACCAUGAGACUACGAAGUCAUUCCACAGACCAUGAGACGGAGAGUUUCUUGAAGAACUUUUAUGAUGAGUCCGCCAAAAAGCUAUUUCUGCCGUUAUCCGACUUAAGCAAGAGAACAUCACUAAAAGGGUUAUCGAUAGCGGAGGUAUCACUGUAUUCACAUCUUGUGGAGACAUUGUGCAUUUUCGUCCGACAACACGCAUUCCGGGGCAAAUACUUCCUAUUAGCUGAGAAUUUACCAUCGCGAGUAGCACAGCUGCUGGAAUCGCCGCAGAAACACCUCAAGCUCACUGCACUGAAGUUUUUCCGCGAAAACGUAAAGCAAAUUAUCCUCCAUUUGGUUGAGAAUUACCGUGAAAAGAUGUCAAUGAUUACAUAUGUCGAUACCUUCUCCGUUCUAAUCUUAAGAAACGAUCAAAUGCAAGAUAGUACUUUGCCGUCAAAUUAUCCCUCAGAGGUAGACCGCACGCCAAGAAACCAAAUCAACGGCGCACGAAGAUGGGACGGAAUCAAAGAAACAGAUCCUUUGGAAGAGGAGUACUUCAACGGUUCAGACGAAGAAGACAACACUCCAGGCCUAAGGCUUAUCAACGGAGGUACACCGGUGAUGAAGGGACUGGUGGAUUAUGCAGAUGAAGAAUCCAUGGAUGAUAUCGGAGAGGAAGCUACUGUCAAGAAGGAAGACGAGGGUGAGGUCAAGGUUGAGAUAAAGAUGGAAGAUUCGCCAGUAAAGGAUCCCUCAUCAUCAGCAACCCCAAGCCCGUCAACGUCACCGUCAACGGUCAGGUCAAAAUCAGAAGAGCCGGUAUCGAGCCUGCCCAUGCCCGAGCGACUGGCAGAGAAGAGGAGGAGAGAGGAGGAAGACGACGAUGAGCUGGGUAAAUUGUCUAGGACAAAAAAGAGAGGCCCAAGUGGUGGAAGUAGCCUCAUCCAAAUGGGGUCGAGGAAGAGGAGUUUCGGAGGCAGCGGCAGCCCGCCCAGUAAGAAGAUUGCUAUUAACUUGGCAGUCAAAACCACUACGGCGGGGGACGCAGCUGAUGAAAACAGUGAGGAGCCAAUCAAGGUGGAAGUGAAUGAGGAGGAGGUCCCGAAAGAGGAGGCGUAA